AUGGCGAGAGCUCCUACAGCUCUUCGAGUCGGUUGUGCCGCUUCCCAGCAACAUCGGCUCUUCUCCUCGACACCCACACACCAACUUCGUGACUUCUUUCCGGUCAAAGAGACGCCACAUAUCCAGACGACCAAGCCAGCCUGGCCACACGAAGGCUACACAUAUGAUGAAAUGUUGGCGGUCGAGCCCGCUCAUCGACCUCCCAAGACAGUCGGUGACUAUACAGCCUGGAAAAUUGUCCGCUUUGCUAGAUAUUGCAUGGACAAGGCCACAGGCAUGGACCGUGAUCAGAAAUCCGACAAGACCAAGCCGACUACAGCCAUUGAGGCUCAGAAGCCACUCACCGAGGCUCAAUGGACAAAGUUGAUUCGAUUCAUCUUCCUCGAGAGCGUGGCGGGAGUUCCCGGCAUGGUUGGGGGCAUGUUGCGCCAUCUCGGCAGCCUUCGACGCAUGAAACGAGAUAAUGGCUGGAUCGAAACACUCCUUGAAGAGAGCUACAACGAACGAAUGCAUCUUUUGACGUUUAUGAAGAUGUGUGAGCCUGGUUGGUUCAUGAAGAUGAUGAUCAUCGGUGCUCAGGGCGUCUUCUUCAACAGCCUGUUUGUGUCCUAUCUGAUCUCGCCCAAGAUUGUCCACAGGUUUGUCGGUUACCUUGAAGAAGAGGCUGUUCACACCUACACUCGUUGUGUCAAGGAGAUUGAAGAUGGCAACUUACCCAAGUGGAGUGACCCCAAGUUCCAGAUACCUGACAUUGCUAUCCAGUACUGGAAGAUGCCACAAGAGCACCGUACGAUGAAGGACUUGAUCCUCUAUAUCAGGGCUGAUGAGGCAACUCACCGAGGGGUCAACCACACACUUGGUAACCUCAACCAAACCGAGGAUCCAAACCCAUUCGUCAGCGAAUACAAAGAUCGCGAGCCGCCCAAGCCUGCACUAAGGCCAACCGGCUACGACCGCGUCGAAGUCAUCUAG